AUGGCGUAUGGGCAGAUCCUUCAUCCACGUGGCCCCGGUGAUUCUUGCAUUACCGUCAACGUUGGCGGUUUCAAACAACGGAUGGAGCAUGACGUUCUGAAGCGAUUCCCACAGACUCGCCUGGGUCGCCUUCUCUGCUGCAGCUCCAAAGAAGCGAUCCUUGAGCUCUGCGAUGACUUCAGUCCGUCUGAGAUGGAGUACUACUUUGAUCGAAACCCACGUUUUUUCUGCUAUGUUCUCAACUUUUACCUCACAGGGAAAAUGCACCUGGUGGACGGGUUGUGCAUUGUCUCAUUUUUUCAAGAGAUUGAGUAUUGGGGCAUCAAGGAGAGACAUUUGGACCACUGCUGCACGAACAGGUUCCAUGAACUGAUGGAGAUGGCUGAAGAUAAGAACUGGGACCAGAGGAGUGAUGAUCUGCAGCUCCAUGGCUCAGAUUUAUCUAUUGAGGAGCUGUCGGCUUCAGAGAAUGAUCUAGAAUUAUUCGAAGGCUCCUGGUGUGCAGAUGUUCGCAGGAAUAUUUGGAUACGACUUGAGAAUCCUGGUUACUCCACGUCAGCCAAAAUUUUGGCUGUAGCCUCUUUGAGUGUGGUCAUUGUCUCUAUUGUUGCCAUGUGUGUUCACAGCAUGUCAGACUCCCAUGAUAUGGAUCCCAAUGAGAAGAAGGUUGAAAACCCAGUGCUUACCUUCUUUGAGACCCUCUGUGUGCUCUGCUUCUCUGUGGAGUUUGUCCUUCGUUUAGCUGUUGCACCAUCAGCCAAGAAGUUCCUGUGCAGCACUCUCAACAUCAUCGACCUAAUGUCCAUCCUGCCCUUCUAUGUCACCUUAGCCUGUGAUGUGAUGGAUGAAGGUGAGAACACAGAGCUGGAGAAUGUUGGCAAAGUGGUGCAGAUCCUGAGGUUGAUGCGAGUGUUUCGCAUUCUGAAACUGGCUCGUCACUCGGCCGGCCUUCGCUCUCUUGGCGCCACGCUCCGUCACAGUUCCAAUGAAGUGGGACAGCUGGUGCUUUUCCUGUCAGUUGGUAUAUCCAUGUUUUCUGUCCUCAUCUACUUUGUAGAGAGAGAUUCCAAAGAGUCAGAGCUUCAGACUAUCCCCAUUUGCUGGUGGUGGGCUACCAUUAGCAUGACUACGGUGGGCUACGGGGACACCUUUCCGGUAACGCUGCCUGGGAAGCUGAUAGGAACACUGUGCAUUGUCUGUGGGCUGCUGAUCGUGGCUCUGCCCAUUACUAACAUCUUCAACAAAUUCUCAAAGUUUUAUCAGAGGCAGAGACACAUGGAUCUAAAACAAAACACUACCUGA